UACGAUUCAACGAGUGGCGAGGUCAGUCUGUCGACGGCAUUCACUCGUGUAGGAACCGUGUUCCGUGCGACGUUAUAUUGUUGUUUACUUAUCGUUUUCUCGUCGAAUUCAAUUCGCGUAUAUUUUAUCCGUGCGGCGUGUUCCUGCAGUGUACACAUCUCCGAGUCCGUUUAAAAUAAAAAUAUUAUUACGACCGUUUUUGACCGACCUCAAUUGGACGUUGGUUGAAUAUUUAUUUUCAAUUUUUUUUCUCGUCCGACGCGUAUCGUGGUGUGCGGUGGCGGAAAUCAAUCCAAACGUACACCUAUGUGGCUAUACAAAUAUCGGUACAAAAGCGCGGGUGAACCAUCGAGGAAAUGACCGCCGCCGCGAUUUCGCGGCUUUGGCCCGGCGGCGGCGGUGGUGUCGCGGGCCAGCCGUCGCACUGUCCUCGUUACGUUUUCGCGACGAAGUCAACGACGACUACUAUUCUGUUGCUGGUGGCACUUUUCCUGCUGGCCCUGGCGACGACGUCACGUGCGUCCGACAGCUGUGAUUGGAGCGGAAGCGGACUGACAUCGGAUUCGUCGGAACACUCGGUGCGGCCCGUCCGAUUGGAUCGGUGCUGGGCGGGCACGGUGCGCUGGUCGUACCCGCGGGGCGCGCUAAGGGUGGUGUUCCGGUUGACGGGCACCAGUGGCGGCCGCGAGUUCCGCGUCUGCCUCAAACCGGACCGACUGGACGGCGUGCGCGUGCUGUUGGACAGCGCGCCGCGUCGCCUGAUCGCCGUAUACGAUUACCGCGCGGCCGGCGAACCGCUCCGGUCACGGUGUUUCAAGAGCGUCGGUGGCACGGCCGCGUUCUACGUGGAGGCGGACAAGACGGGCGACCAGUCCGGUCCAGUCCGAUUCCGUUACGAUCUCGAACCGCUCGCCGAGCCCGCGCCCCAACUGUUCGUAGCCGACAACCUCGACGACGAAUGCCGGCCGUGUACCGUAGAAGAAAUGACACAAGCUUACUGCACGAGUAGUUUAGUUGUCCAAGGCACCAUAGUGGGAGUGUCUUACGACGGCGACGUGUCGCGCGUGCGCGUGAUGCCCACCAAGGCACACCGUUUACCGCCCGAAGAGGACGAUCGGGUGGUUGUGCAAGUGUCAUCGCCGCAGCAGCAACAAGAGGACGAAAGCGGACGACCGCGACGCGACGACCGGCCUAUGACCAUAACGUUCGGCCGGGGUUGCAGGCCUGCCGCUGGGCCUGGUGAGUUCGUGUUCAUGGCCCGAGCCAAAUUCGAGGAAUUGGCUCUGCGGUGUGCUCCCAGGUUAGAAGAAUGGCGACAAGCAGUCAAGGCGGACAAAGCUCCCGGCUGCAUUCUAGCCGGUUGACUGUCGAAAAUACAUCAUGUUAUACCUUCAUAUAUAUAAUAUUAUAUAUAUAUGUCCAUAGGAUAAGAUAGGUACGCGUAUAGUGCCUAAGUAGAAACUGUUAUAUAUUACAUACUAUACAGGGUUACCGUUGUUGAAUUAAGUUUUUUUUUUAAAUAUUUUUUUUCCCAAAAGUCAUCAUGUUAUAUAAUAGAUAAUAAUAUAAUUAUACUAUUUUACUUAUAAAAACGGCCAUAUAAAGGUAAUGUAUACAUUAUACUUUUAGUAGACGCUUAAACAAAAAUCGCUAUUACUGCUAUGACUAUGUAUAUAAAUGAUGAUCGUUUUGUAAACGAUAAGUCGUAUUAUUAUACUUUUGGGUAUCAUAAUUUAAUAAUUAUCGUUAUAAAAGUUCGAUCGUUGCGUGGGUUUGCAGAAAUUACGUUCUGCCAAAGGGACUCAUCGCGGUAAAAAGUGGUAAGAAGAGGGAGGUAGAGAAAAACUCGUGUACAUAUAUUAUUAUACUUUCCUUGACGCAGAAGAAAGGUUUUGUGGCUGUGAUUUUAAACAUUUUACGUAAAUGUUAAAAACAAAUUCAAAAAAAUGUAAACAAAACACAGUGAACGUGAUGCGUAUAACAUUAAUUUACUAAUUAUAAUUAAAAAUAUUGAAACUCUACAUCAAAUCUUUUGUAUUAUACCUAUAAGUAAUCGUUUAUUUCUGACUAGUGCACUGGGUACAUGAUGGGUAAAUAAUUUAACUCUUGCAAUGAUUUUCGUAGAAAUUAUUAUACACUCUAUAUAAUAUGAUACUCUAACGAUGAUAUACUUAAAUAUUAUAUUAUUGUUGGUCAUUUUAAGACUUUAACGCACGCCAACCGUGUAGGCGUCGACGAGACGAUAAUAAUAUAUACAAAUGAAUUGGCUAUGCAUAUAUCAUACAGAAUUUUGACUAUUUGUUUACUAAAAGUGUAAUAAAGAAUCGCAAAAUUUAUAGAAGACACGUUUCUUUCUUUCGUGUCUCUUAUUUCUCGCGGAUGUCACGUUUACUAUACAAUAUUUUUAUUUUUAUCCUAUUAUUACUGUAGCCAAAAGGUACUUUUUACUCCCUCCCCUGCUGUUACGUUUAUGUACCUAAUGCACGCUUGAUAUUAUAUACAUGAAUUGUAUAUCGUUCAUGUGUGAAUCUAUGUGCCAAACCUUAAAUAAAAGAAAAACGGAAAGUUUUUUUUAUACAAGUAAUAUCAUUAUUGGUUCGUAGUCAAAUUACGAUAUAUUAUAUCAAAUGGUUUAUUUGAUUUGAUUUUAUUAUUUUACUUUAUUUGUACCUACGCAUUAAAAACAAUAGCUAUAUUAUAAUUCAAUUAUUUCUAACGAGUUUCAUAUUAUGCAUUUCAUAAUGCAAUGUUAAAAUAUUAAUAUUAAGAUAAUGUGUUUGUUAG